UCAUCGUGUUGAACGUGAUGUGUCAAGUGACGAUUUGAAAAUCUUCGGAUUUCGCGUAGAGUCGAGCAACAAUGAGAUUGAAUACCACGAUGGCGGCGUGCCGAGUGUGCUUAAAGAUACCGAAUUUACAAUGCGUAUUUUCGGCAAAGGCAUUACACCAGAUACCGUUAUAACAUUUACUGCUAUAUCAAAUACUUUUGGUGGAAAAUGUCAAAUACCAGCAACUUUGCUAUACAAACCCAUAGAGGGUUCAUCGACCAACGAAUCUGCUGUCUAUCGCAUGUCCCUGCCCAAACUGGAUGUAGCAAUGACCAAUGGCAGUGAAACAUUUUAUUUGUGUGCCAAAAAUGAUCCACAAAUGGAUGUGGGUAGCGCCACGGAUACAAAACCGAUGGUACAUCAAGGUGGAGAUGUUUAUCUGCAAAUGAAAACCUAUGAAAAUUUACUCCCCAUCUGGCUGUCAAUUGUCAUCAUUUUAGUCUGUUUAGGUUUCUCAUCGUUGUUUUCAGGUCUCAAUUUGGGUCUGAUGUCACUCGAUCGUACAGAAUUGAAGAUUUUGUGUAAUACUGGCUCAGUUCGCGAACGUCAAUACGCUAGAAUUAUUCAGCCCGUCCGAGAACAGGGUAAUUUCCUACUGUGUAGUAUUCUUUUGGGUAAUGUGUUGGUGAACUCCACAUUUACAAUUUUGCUGGAUGGUUUAACCUCGGGUCUUUUUGCUGUUAUUGUUUCCACGCUUGCCAUCGUUAUAUUUGGUGAAAUUACGCCUCAGGCUGUUUGUUCGCGACACGGUUUGGCCAUUGGUGCUAAGACGAUUGGCAUUACAAAGGUUGUUAUGGUGCUCACAUUCCCCAUGUCAUAUCCGAUUUCGAAAAUGCUGGAUUGGGCAUUGGGUGAAGAAAUCGGCAAUGUUUACAAUCGUGAACGCCUAAAGGAAUUAGUAAAGGUCACAACAGGUACAAACGAUUUGGAUAAAAAUGAAGUCAACAUUAUUUCGGGUGCUCUGGAGUUGCGUAAAAAGACUGUUGCUGAUGUGAUGACUCACAUCGAUGAUGCCUUCAUGCUAUCGCUUGACGCUCUGCUAGACUUUUCAACCGUAUCGGAAAUAAUGAAGUCAGGAUACUCACGUAUUCCCGUAUACGAUGGCGAUAAGAAAAACAUCGUUACUUUGUUGUAUAUUAAAGAUUUGGCAUUUGUCGAUACCGAUGAUAACACACCGUUACGUACGUUGUGCGAAUUCUAUCAGAAUCCAGUUCACUUUGUUUUUGAGGAUAUGACGCUCGAUCUUAUGUUUAACCAAUUCAAAGAUGGUACUAUCGGUCACAUUGCAUUUGUACAUCGUGUUAACAACGAGGGUGAUGGUGAUCCAUUCUAUGAAACGAUUGGUCUUGUGACGCUUGAAGAUGUUAUUGAAGAAUUGAUUCAAGCUGAAAUUGUUGAUGAAACUGACGUGUAUAUUGAUAAUCGUACAAAGGUGCGUCGCAAUCGUAGCAAAAAGCAGGACUUCUCCGCAUUCGCCGAACGUCGCGAAAACCAGAAGAUACGAAUUUCACCACAACUCACACUGGCCACUUUCCAGUACUUAAGUACAUCUGUCGAUGCCUUUAAAAAGGAACUUGUUUCCGAAAACAUCUUGCGCCGCCUACUUAAUCAAGACAUUAUUCAUGCCAUUAAGUGCAAGGGUAAAAAUAAGGAUGAUCCUCGUUUGUUCAUUUACCAACAAGGUAAAGCCGUAGACUUCUUCGUACUUAUUUUAGAAGGUCGUGUUGAAGUGACUGUCGGCAAAGAGAAUUUACUUUUCGAAAGUGGCGCAUUUACAUACUUCGGUACUGCAGCCCUUCAACCUAAUGUCGUUGUUGAUUCACCCAGUCAACAAAUGCGUGGUUCUAUUCAGUCAUUGAAUAUGGAUUCGAAGAUUCGCCAAACAUUUAUACCUGACUAUUCGGUGCGUGCCGUUAAUGAUGUCGUAUACAUCGCAAUAAAACGUAGCCUUUACUUAACUGCCAAGAAAGCUACACUUUUAGAAAAGACCCGCAAGAGUGGUAUUGAGCUGAACAGUGAAAUUACUGAUGAUGAAGUCGAAAGGUUAUUACACUCUGUGAACGAGGAUGAAAUUAGGGCGCAUGUCAAUCAUAAAAUAGCUGUAACUGGCAGCAAUACAGCUUCACCGUCAUUAAAUGACAUAUCAUUACAAAGUCAUAGUAAUGCACCACCGCCGCACAAUAUGCACAGCAGUAGUAGUGGUGAAGUUUUAGAUGUGGGCUCAUUAAGCAGUCAAGUGACAUCGGAUCCAGUUAACGAUCAAUCAGAACAUAAUGGCGAUCGCGAGAAUGUCGCUACUACACCACUUUUGCCUAAGACUAGUGAUAGCGCUAAUAACAAAUAACAACAAGCAUAACACCCAACGCUUAUAACUCAAAAGUUUACAUAUGCAUAAGAGUAGAGAAAUAGCAAGUAAUAUGCAUUUUACGUUGAUAAAUAUCGAAACGCAGUCAAACCUUGCAUUACCACAAACAAACAUUUCGUUCAUCUGCGCUAACGCUUAUGCUCAACAUACACAUACAUCUGUAUGUAUAUGCCGUUUAAAAUCACAUCAAAAAACACAACAUGAAACAUAAAACAAAUAUGUGUACAUACUAAAUAUGUACUUAAUUAUAAACAUUACCUGCGCAUGCGCAUUACAAUGCUCUAACGCAAGAUUACUACUACUACACACACACACUUACGUAUAUAGUUAUUUACUUGUUAUACUUAAUUACUUUUACUCUCUGCAAUGUAACUUUUGAACUUUACAAGGUGUUCAGGUUUGUUUAGGUUUUUGCUGAACACAUCGUUGUCACGCUGUAGUUUUCCUUUGCAAUUAACUUAAGCGUAAAAUCUAAAAAACAAAAAUAAACAAAAAAAUAAUCAUGUAAUGAAAAAAGAUGAAACAAUUAAUUAAUGAUAAUAAUGAGUAACACAACUACGAGAGAUACACAAACAAAAUAUUGCGUACAUACAUAUUUUUUCAACUAAAAAUAAAUGGGGCUUGUACAUGUGAAUAUUUUUUAAAAACGUCAAAUUAAUGUAUUUUAUAAAACAAUACGCGAAAAGAAGUAGAAAAAAAGAUUACAAGAGAUUAACUAUGACAAAUGCAUUUUCAGAUGUUAGUGGCAACGUUGUGCAUUUUAAUUGCAGCUAUGUCGUUUUAUAAACGCGAAGUUGACUUGCAUGUGAACGUUUAAGUAUUAAUGCAAAAUUUUUUAUGUUUUUUUUUUUUUUAUUUCCACCAUUUUAAAGAUUGUGUUUAAUUUUGCAAUGGUUUGUCAUUAUAUAUAGCUUUAAGGCUAGUCCAUUAUUUGAUGCUGUGUCUAAAUAAGUUUAAUAUGUAUGUAUAUGAAAUUAAUUUUGUGAGUGCGUGCUAUUUAAAUAUUUUCUCAAAUGAAAUUAUUGAGUAGGAAAUUAAAAGUCAACAUUAUAAUAAAUAUUUUAUUAUAAUUACUACCAUUUAUUGCGGAAAAUUGGAUUCGCCUACGUUUUUUAAUAUUAUUAUUUUUGUAUUUUAUUAUUUUUAUACUUACGCCAAAAUAUACGCAUAACUAACAACUUGCACACUGCUAUCUGCAAAUAAUUUUGUCAUAGAACACAGCAAUAACUCUAUCGUCAUAAACGAACAAUUGACGAUAAGCCUAUAAAAGUAAUUAAAAAAAGAAAAACAAAAUUUUAAAGCAUUAAUUUAACUUAUGGGUGGGCAAAUUGCGUAUGUAUGUAAUAAUGUUCGAAAAUUAUACCUCAGUGCGUACAAUUGUGACGUACGCCCAAUAAUACCUAAUGUACUUAAGAGCGAUGUGAAACAACAGCAAAAGAUAAACCGAGAAAAUGAAAACUAAAAAAAAAAACAAAAUAACACCAUGUGGUAGUAUUGUAUGUAUGCAAGUAGAAUGAAUUGAAAGUGCAACCCACUUUUGCAAAGACAAAACAGUUUUGCUGACAUUAUUAUUGAACGCAUUAUGUUUAAAAUACCUGUGUAUUAUUUUUCGAUAUUGCAGAAAUUAUAUUGUUAAAGGCCAAUAAACAAUGUCGAUAUUUUUCAUACAUACAGUACAUAACUAAUAGUUUUGUUUAUUGCCACAUAUGCUGUUUUAUAUAUAUAUAAACUUAAGAGAUUUGUUACUGGCGUUUAUAUACUAUAUAUAUACAUAUAUAUACAUACAUAUAUGUGUAUUUAAGAACAAAGAGCGCUUUUAUUUAAAUUUAGUUUAUAUUAUUUUUGUACAGGAGUUGUGAACUUCUUUACUUGUUGUCCAUUUAAUUAUGUUAAAAUGCGAAAUAUACUGAAAGUAAAUCUAUUAAAUACAAUUUAUUGAAAUUUUUAUGGAAAUUCUCACGAAUUUAAGUAAUUUAAAACAACAAAAUAUAUAAAUAUAUAUGCUAAAGUGUUAAAAACCCUUCAAGCGCUUCCUUACUUUCUGGUUUUAAAUAUUUGCAUACGUACUAUCGUUUAAAAAAUACAAUAAAAUUUAAUUAUUCUGAAAUAUGUU